AUGUUGCCGCUAGCGAAGCUGGCAGCUGUGCUGCCCCUGCUUGCGAGCCAUUGCGCCGCGCAGUCGUUUGUUGUUUCUGGAGGCCAAAUCUUUACCCCGGGUUUUGCUGUCGUCAACGCCCCACAACCCGGCACGCCGUUGGGAGGAGGUCCCGUCACGUUUGCCUCGCGAAACCCUUCACAUCUCCUCGAUAUCACUGCCAACGGCAAGCUUAACAUCCCGCCUUAUGUCGACGAGAGCCCGAGCCUGAUCCACAACAUCUCCGUUUUCCUCUAUAGCUACAACACCGGGAGGAACUUCACCGUGGUCAACUUGGAUGAAGCCCCGGAUGGCGACAUCAUGGCCCAGGAACCGGGCAGCUCGGUCAAGCACAUCAACUGGAGGUGGCCCGAUUGCUUGGUUGGCGACGGCCAGCCCCGAGAUGCGGAUAGUGACCGGGGCGUUUACAAUAUUUCCAUCCGACAAAGCUUCCGUCUGAACGAUGCCGAGCACUACACCGUCUUUGACCUGCCCAUCGCGGUCACAAACAACAUUCCCCAGAUGAACAACCGGCCGGCCUGCGAUUCUGUGAGCAAUGCCAUGAUGGCGCCCGAAGAUAUCGACAUGUCUUCAACGCAGGCCGUUGGUGUUUUAUUCGCCCCGGGCGAUAGCACCGUCGUCGAGGCCGUCCUCCCCGAGGAAUUCGACGGCGAGAACGGACUCGGAGGUCAAAAGCCCGAGGCAACGCCCGAGGACGGCAUUGGUGCUGCCGGUUCGCUGGACUGGAGGAGUGGGGCCCACUGGCUUUCGCUCCUUUCCUCGCCGUUGCCUUCCUCUAGUCGAUGCUCGCCCAUCUCUCUCGACGCCACAUCCUGCUUUGCUUGGUAA